UGGGUAUCCUGAUGAAGAAAUAUCCGAAUCCGACAGAAGAACUACCAGUUUUGAAAAAUACGAUUUCAAAUUCAAAAGUUGUUAAAAUAAAUUAUGAUUCAUCAGAUGCACCAGUUGAAAUAACUACUGAAGAGGGUAAAAAAUAUUUAGCUGAUCAUAUUAUUGUAACGCCGUCUUUAGGAGUUUUAGAAGCUGAUUAUGAAAAAUUGUUCAAUCCGCCUUUACCAGAUAAAAAAAUUAAUGCUAUUCAAAAUGACAGUAAAAUUAACUUGGAUGUGAAAAUAGAAGACAAAAUGAAACUAUCCCAAGAAGUUGAAAACAUAAAUUACACGAACCCAAAUGAAAUAAUUGUAACGACAGCUGAUGGCAACAAUUACACGACAUCAAAUGUAAUUAUAACGAUGUCGCUGGGUGUAUUGAAAAAUUAUCAUAAAAAAUUAUUCAACCCAUUUACUUUCUGUUCGAGAACAUGCAGUUGUACGGCUAGAACUGAAAUGCAAAUUAACAUCAAGCUCAUAGCCAACCCUUUUACUACAACUUUACUGAAAGAACUUACACUUAAGUCUUGACUUCAAAUUGCAGAGCAACUUACGGUCAACUUAACCGAAACUUUUGCUUUUUAAACUCUAUCCGUUUUUGCUGCCGAUUCCGGACGAGAUCGACGGCAAAUUUCAGUUCAGAUGGCUAUCUGGGUAUAGUAAAAUUUUUAACGAUCCGUUGAUAAUUUCUUGAAAUUAUAGACGGUAAGAAACAACAAUGCAUAAGGUAGUUCACUCACCACAUAUAGUUGGUGCUAUUUCUUUCCUUUUCACUCGCUAGUGCUGCCUUUCUCACAGAUUAUCUCUCAUUCGCUUCUACUAAUGGUUAUUUUUAUUUAACUAGCCAGUUUACUAAUAAUUUAUAAAAAAAUACACGGUCAAUAUUUUCAAAAUUUCUUUGGGUUAUUUAAAGUAUAUUAUUCUAACAGUUAUCAAUUUUUUGAAACGAUCGUAAAAUUUUUUCAAUGCAAUAAUCAUAAAUAUUUGUGAUUUUCUCAUUCUCCAUCCAUACUGCCUGUGCUAAAAUGUCAUUUUUAAUUACAAUUAUCUCAUUUCUGGUACGUUCAAUUGAUUUUAAAUUCUAACAGCACAUG